UAUUAUAGUGGUCUCUCCGCCCCUCUCUCCUCUCCUCACUGCUUCUUCGUCUGUUUCUGCAACCGCUUCCCAUUCCCCUUUUCGGAUUCCGUUGCCCUUCCAAUCUCUACCUCCGAUGCCGUCGCAACUCAAGCCACAACUUCCUCUCGACGCCGACGGCGUUUGUAUGCUCUGCAGAGUGAAGCCGCCGAGCGAGGCGACUCUCACUUGCGCCAUGUGCGCCGCUCCCUGGCACCUCGAAUGUGUCGCCGUCGUUCCCGACUUGGGGUUCCAGUGGCAGUGCCCUGAUUGCUCAGGGGAUGGGCUCGACGGCGCUCCGGCGCCCACGGAUUCGGAGAACAAGGAUUUGUUUGCCAGGAUUCGGGAGAUUGAAGCGGAUGCUUCGCUGUCGGAUAAGGAAAAGGCGUGGAAGAGGCAGCAACUGCUGUCCGGGAACACGGAUGGAGAGAAGGACGGGGAAGGGGAAGUCGGCGGGGAGAAAGGCGGAGAUAUCUUGGGAGUGCUUGGGGACAGCUUUAAGUGCUCGUAUUGCAUGGAUCUACCUGAAAGGCCGGUUACGACACCAUGCGGACACAAUUUUUGCUUAAAAUGCUUUGAAAAGUGGAUCAAACAAGGAAAGAACACUUGUGCAAAAUGUCGCGGGAUCAUUCCCAGGAAAAUGGCUGUUCAGCCACGGAUUAACUCCACCCUUGUAUUUGCUAUAAGAAUGGCAAAGCUGUCGAGCUCAGUCACUACUGAAGCGACCCAGAUUGUUGAUCGCUUUGUGCAUAAUCAAGACCGUCCUGAUAGGGCGUUUACCACAGAAAGGGCACAGAGGGCUGGGAUGGCCAAUGCUGCCAGUGGAAGAAUUUUUGUCACUGUCCCAAAAGACCACUUUGGACCUAUCCCGGCAUAUCAUGAUCCAGAGAGGAAUCAAGGGGUUUCGGUAGGAGAGUCUUGGGAUCUUCGAAUGGAGUGCCGGCAGUGGGGUGUUCACUAUCCUCCUGUAGGUGGCAUCAGCGGAAAGGCACACUAUGGUUCUCAGUCAGUGGUAAUUUCAGGAGGAUACGAGGACGACGAAGACCAUGGGGAAUGGUUUCUCUAUACUGGAAGUGGUGGAAGGGAUUUAAGUGGAAACAAACGUACUAACAAAGAACAAUCGUUUGAUCAAGAGUUCAAGGACAAGAAUCAGGCUUUGCGUGUAAGUUGUGAGAAAGGAUAUCCAGUUCGCGUUGUAAGAUCAGAGAAAGACAAGCGGUCUUCUUAUGCCCCAGAAAAAGGGUAUCGAUAUGAUGGAGUCUACCGGAUAGAAAAAUGUUGGAGAAAAAAGGGAAAGCAGGGGUUCAUAGUCUGCAGAUAUUUGUUUGUGAGAUGCGACAAUGAACCGGCGCCCUGGACAAGUGAUGAGCUUGGGGAUCGGCCAAGAUCUUUGCCAGUCAUCGCCGAGCUAAUGAAAGCAAUUGAUAUUUUUGACAGGAAGGAAAGUCCCUCAUGGGAUUAUGAUGUGGGGGAAUGUUCCUGGAAAUGGAAAAGGCCACCACCUCGUAGUGAAGAAAAAGUUGUCACUAGUAUUACUGAGGAAGGCCAGACUGCGAGGAAGGCAAGGAGGAAAUUACAAACUGUUUCUGUCGCAGAGAGGCUUCUUAAAGGUUUUAGUUGCCUUAUUUGCCACAAGGUGUUGAGCCAACCUCUGACAACUCCUUGUGCGCACAACUUCUGCAAGCUUUGUCUCCAAGAUGAAUUUUCCGGCCAGUCGUUUGCAAAAGAAAGGGUCUGCCACAAUGGAAGAAAACUUCGGUCGCAAAAGAAUGUGAUGAAAUGUCCAGCAUGCCCAACUGAUAUAUCUGAAUUCCUCCAAAACCCACAAGUUAACCGGGAAAUCAUGGAGGUGAUAGAAAAACUGCAAUUGGAAGUUGACAAGGAUAAGGAGAAAGCUGGCUGCUCAUCUGCCGAAGAAAACAAUGCCGCCACUGAGAACAAUAACUCAACACCAGAAGCAGAUGCAGCUAACGUAUCAAAUGAAGAAAGUUCGUGGAAGAGAAAAAGCAGCAGCACAUGUCACCUUGCCCCCGAGCAUGAGGAGAGCGAGGUUUCCAAGAGAAGUAAAGUUGGCGAUCCUGAGACUGUGAUUGAAUCCCAUGUAUCAUCGUUAGAUAAUCCUACUGGCUGUGAAACUGUCUCAGAGGCGACCCCAAAAAGAGGCCGUGGCAGACCAAGAAAAAAUAGUUCACAAAAGGGAGCACCAAAAUGCACAACAAAUGGAGUGAUCAAUAAGAAAGCUCCAGAAUCAGCCGAGGGUGGAAAUAUUUUCCCUGCAAGUCCUUUGCAUCUUAGGUAACCUUUUCUCUACAUGUUAGUAACUUUUGUUUAAGAGUGGACAUUCCUCUGUUAUUAAACAUUCUUCGAACAUGGAAGUUCAUGUUCUGUUUGAGAGCCAAUGCGGCCUGCUCAAUUUUCAAACAUCCUCAGAUCAUGGAAGUUCAUGAUCUUCCGAAGGACUAUUUAAUGCCUGGAUACAUGUAAAAUUACGGUUGUGUCAUUGCCAAAAAUGGUGGUAUACAGUUUACUGUC